AUGUCUGGCAAAGACGCAGAAGCUCGUACCAUCUUAUUCCGAUUGUCAAAUCUCGGAGAACCAGUCAACAAUGAAAACAUAAAUAAUGGGGUAUUAAUCUUACCUUCAUUGGAAUUACCAAAGAAUUAUAAACCUGGUGACUUAUUAUUCAAGUUGAAGUUUCAAUUGAAUGCUGCAAGUAAAGUUUCAAGAAACGGUGUAUUCCGUACCAAUGUCCCACCUUCUUACGAACAAGAUUUUGAUAGAAAUACUCAUUAUAAAACUCCAAUAAACACUUCAUUUCAUCAAGAUAUUAAUUUCACUAUCCCAAUCUACAAGCCUGGGGCCUACGACUACUACAUUACUUAUGACGACGAAAAUGAUAAAUCCCGAACCACAGCCAAACAUUAUUUUAUUGUUCCACCAAAUUUGACAAUCAAUGGGAAAUUUGUACCUUUUAAUAAUAUUAAUGUUGAAACUGUUGUUUCCAAAUGGAUUGGACCAUAUGAAAACUGGGAUAAAUUCUUUAAGAAUGUCUCUAAAAAGGGAUAUAACAUGAUCCAUUUCACUCCGUUGCAAGAAAGAGGAGAGUCAGACUCACCGUACUCAAUCUACGAUCAAUUGAAAUUCGACCCACAUAUUUUCAAGGAUCAAAGUUUGGCAACCAAACAGAUCCACAAGGUCUUGAAUGAUAACGAUUUGUUGUCGUUGACUGAUGUUGUGUGGAAUCACACUGCUAAUAAUUCCGAAUGGUUGAGAGAAUCUCCAAAUUCAGGGUACAAUGCCACUACUGCCCCUCAUUUAAUUCCAGCUAUUGAAUUGGAUGGUGAAUUAUUAGAAUUUUCCAAAAAUUUGAAAACUUUGGGCUUGCCUACUGAAAUUAAAUCUGACCACGAUUUGAAUGCUGUUAUGGAAGGAAUCAGCACUCAUGUUUUGGACAAAUUGAGAUUAUGGGAAUACUACGUGUUUAACAAAAGAGAAAUUGUAGAACAAUUAGAAAGUUCAUUCACCAAGAAUAAACAUGAAAUCAACCGUGUUCAUAUUCCAAGUGAUGUUGAUGUCAACGACUUGAAACAAUUGGCCAGUUAUGUUUUGAAAGCUGCAAAUGUCCAUGAAAAGAUCAUCAUUGGUGAAAGAUUUGCAAACAAGUUACAAAUUGACAUUUUGUUGGGAAUUUUACUUUCAAUUUAUGAUGUUAAUAUUGAUUUUGAAACCAUUGCUCAAAAAACCGAAGAAAUUGUUGAUGAAAUCAAUGUUGUUCCAUAUGCCACAUAUGAUGAUGAUAUUAAAAGUAUUAAACAACAAUUGGGUGAUAGAAUCAAAUACUUGAGAUUGGCUGAUAAUGGACCAAAGUUGGGUGAAAUCACUGAAAAAAACCCAUUGACUGAACCAUAUUUCACUAGGUUUACUGACACUGAUGGUAAACCUCAAGCAUUGGCCAACAAUGGUUGGAUCUGGGGUGGUAACCCAUUGGUUGAUUUCGCUUCUAACCAAUCAAGAGCUUACAUCCGUAGAGAAAUCAUUGUUUGGGGAGAUUGUGUCAAGUUAAGAUACGGUGAGAGGUAUCAAGAUUCUCCAGAAACCUGGGAUAGAAUGAUUGAAUAUUCUAAAUUAUCUGCUAAAGCAUUUAAUGGUUUCAGAAUUGACAAUUGUCACAGUACUCCAUUACAUGUUGGUGAAAGAUUAUUGGAUGAAGCUAGAAAAGUCAAUCCAAACUUGUACGUCAUUGCAGAAUUGUUCUCUGGAUCAGAAGAGAUGGAUAAAAUUUUUGUUGAAAGAUUUGGUAUCAACUCAUUGAUCAGAGAGGCUAUGCAAGCCUGGAAUGUUGGUGAGUUGUCUAGAUUGGUUCACAAGCACGGUGGUAGACCAAUUGGGUCAUUGACUUGGUUACCAUUGGAUGAUUUCUCUUACCCAGCAGACCACGAGCCAGUUAAGAAUAAGUAUAUGGAUGGAUAUACUGAAUUGGAAAUUCCAAAAGUGUUGACUAGUCAACCUCCACAUGCUAUUUUCAUGGAUUGUACUCACGAUAACGAAAUGCCAGCUCAAAAGAGAACUGUUGAAGAUACUUUGCCAAACGCUGCUUUAGUUGCAUUCUGUAGUUCUGCCAUUGGUUCCGUUUAUGGUUAUGAUGAAUGUUUUCCACGUUUGUUGAAUGUUGUCAGUGAAACUAGACAAUAUGAUUUGAAUGACUCCAACGGUAUUGGUGCAGUUAAGGCUAAAUUGAACAAAAUUAGAGAUGAUUUGGUUCAAGAAAGUGAAGAUAUUAUCCGUGACCAUGAAAUGUACAUUCAUCAUUCUGGUCAGUAUAUCACCAUCCAACGUUACAAUGCUCGUACUGGUAAGGGUAAAUUUUUGAUUGCCCGAAGUAAAUUUUCCAAUAAUGAAAGUUAUGAAGGUAUUGAGCCAACUAUUUUAGGUGGUACUAAGGUUAAACAUGAAUUCAGUUACACUUUAAAGAAAGUUGGUGAUUAUGUUCAUUCUGACAAGAUUCUCACCGGUAUCCCAGUAAAGGUUGAAGAUAUUGAAGCUCCAUCUGUUGAAUAUACAGGUAGUGGUGAUUCGAUCAUUAGUGUCAAUGCAGAUACUUUUAUCCCAGGUUCUAUUUCUGUUUUCUCAACUGAAAUUCCAGGUGUUGAUGUGUCUUUGGACACUUAUGUUAAAGAAGGUGCUAUUCAUGCAUCGGUUGAAUUAGAUUUGUAUGACUUGAAUGCUUUAUUGUACAAAGCUUCAACCGAAGAAUUGGAUGCUAGUUAUGGUAAAGAAGAUGUUUAUGAUAUUCCAAAUUACGGCAGAUUGCAAUAUGCUGGUUUGGAAGGUUGGAAUACCGCAUUAAAACACGUUAUCUGGUCUAACAAUUUGGGACAUCCUAUUUGUAACCAUUUGAGAGAUGGUGAAUGGGCAUUGGAUUACAUUGUUAACCGUUUGGAUAAGUAUGUUGAAAAAUCACCAAAAUUGGGUAAGUUCCAAGAAUGGUUGAGAACCAGAUUUGAUGCGGUCAAGAAAGCUCCUUAUUUCUUAAGACCACAUUACUUUGCCUUGAUUGUUGGUAUUGCUUAUGAAGCUGCUAGAUUCAGAGCUAUUAGACAUUUUGAUCCAAAAUUACAAAUUGCCACCAAUUUUGUUCAAAGUUUGGCGUUGACUUCAGUUCAAAUGGUUGGAUUCAUGAACAAUACCUCUUUAGUUCCUGAUAAACAAGUAGCUUGUUUGGCUGCUGGUUUGCCACAUUUCAGUAACGACUACAUGAGAUGUUGGGGACGUGAUGUUUUCAUUUCCUUUAGAGGGUUGUUGAUUGUUCCUGGUAGAUUUGAUGAUGCUAGAGAACAUAUUUUAGGAUUUGCUAAAACUUUGAAACAUGGUUUAAUUCCUAAUUUAUUAGAUGCUGGUAGAAACCCGAGAUAUAACGCUAGAGAUGCAGCAUGGUUCUUCUUGCAAGCUAUUCAAGAAUAUGUUACCUAUGCACCAAACGGUAUUGCUAUUUUGGAUGAAAAAGUGACUCGUAGAUUCCCAUUGGAUGACACUUAUGUUCCAUGGGAUGAUCCACGUGCAUUUAGUUAUGAAUCCAGUAUUAGAGAAGUCAUCUAUGAGAUUUUGUCUCGUCAUGCAAAGGGUAUCAAAUACCGUGAGGCCAAUGCCGGUCCUAACUUGGAUAGUCAAAUGAGGGAUGAAGGUUUUAAUGUUGAAGCUGGAGUUAAUUGGGACACUGGUUUUGUUUAUGGUGGUAAUCAAUUCAAUUGUGGUACUUGGAUGGAUAAGAUGGGAGAAAGUGAAAAAGCUCAUAACAGAGGUAUUCCAGGUACUCCAAGAGAUGGAUCUGCAAUUGAAUUACAAGGUUUAUUGAAAUCUGCAUUGAGAUUUGUCAACCAAUUGAAUAAAAAAGGAGCAUUUGAUUACACUGAAGUUGAAAAACCAGAUGGAUCAAAGAUUUCUUUAGUUGACUGGGAAAAAUUGUUACAAUCCAACUUUGAAAAACAUUACUAUGUUCCUGAAGAUCCAAAGGAUGACCACAAAUAUGCCGUUGAUCCUUCUUUGGUUAACCGUAGAGGAAUUUACAAGGAUUUGUAUGGUUCUGGAAAACCAUAUGAAGAUUAUCAAUUGCGUCCAAAUUUUGCCAUUUCCAUGUGUGUUGCCCCAGAAUUGUUUACUCCAGAGUUAGCUCUUGGUGCUAUUCAUCAUGCUGAUAAAAUCAUUCGAGGUCCAGUUGGUAUGAGAACCCUUGAUCCAUCUGAUUGGAAUUAUUGUCCAUAUUAUGAAAAUUCCAUUGAUAAUGAUGAUUUUGCUACUUCUAAAGGUAGAAACUAUCAUCAAGGACCAGAAUGGGUAUGGAAUACUGGGUAUUUCUUGAGAGCUUUCUUGCUGUUCUAUUGUUUAGCUAGUAACUGUACUCCAAAUAUCAAGAUUUUGACAUUGUUGAAUGAAAGAUUACAAGGUCAUAUUAAAUGGAUUAAAGAAAGCCCAUGGAGUGGAUUAACUGAAUUGACUAAUAAAGAUGGGGCAUUCUGUAAUGAUUCAAGUCCAACACAAGCUUGGAGUGGAAGUUGUUUAUUAGAUUUAUAUUAUGAUUUGUCCAAUGAUCCAAAUUUCAAGUCCUAG